GGGAUUAUUCGUGAUGAUGAAUGAGGAGCCUGAAAGUGUCAGGAAGGAGGGAAAGGUAAAAGUUUACUUGGAACUCGAGAGAGAAGUAAGAAAAGGAGGAUAUCGAUGAAAGGGGAGGUUGAUUGGAAUUGGAUUAAGAUUUGAAAGAAGAGGCGAUUGAUGCUCAUUGUUGUUGUCAGUUGUAGCUUGACAAUCGAACAGUCAAGAGAAAAAGAGAUCGAAAUUCGAAGGAAAAUUAAGUUAUAUAUUCAUAAGUCUCCCAACAUCAACAAACAUUAUUGUUCAUCUCAUUGAUUAGGAUUGUUUCAGUUUAUCCAAAGUUCAUUGGAAAUCAUCAAUUGUUUCAAAAGGAUUCAGUGUUUUUUUGUUUUCUAUUAAUUUGUGUUCAUUUCGAAGUGAAUUUCAAUCAUUCAUCAUGAAUCGAUCAGUUUUCUGGAUUUCCUGUGAAUUUUUUGUUCUAUUUUGUCUUUGUACUUGUUCAUUAGCUGAUGAUAAGGUUAAUGAUACAUCGAUUACUAAACGUCUUGGAUUGGUCAACUAUCUUUUCCCUGAACCCAGUGAACUUUUGUCUCCUCUUCUUCCAUCCAGCCCACUCAGAAGGUCAUCAGUCAAUGGUCAUUGGGUUUUCCCUCAGAGUUCAAGGAAUGGGUUUUCCAUUGCUUCUUUGAUCCCUGGUGGAACCACCAUGGAUUUGGCUGAAUCAGUUCCAAGAUUUUCUUACUCUCGAUUCAUUAAAGAUGGCGAAUCAGGUUCAGGGCUCAAUGAUACCCAAGCUACUAAUAGUUCAUCGGCUUAUGCUGAAUAUGGUCGUCGAAAUGGAGGUUCGCCAGGAUCUGUCGUUUCAUCUGCAAACAACAAUCAACAAAUGAAUCGAGAUUCAAAUUCUGGCCAACAAAGAUCAGAUCGUAAUGAUGAUGUUGAUAUUGAUGCUGAACUCAAGGCCGCUGAUAAAGUUGUUGAAUCAGCCAUCGACUCAGGUGCAAACAAUUCACCUUCUUCAACUCCUGGUCCAUUAGAUGAUGGUCGAGGUUUCCGACGACCAGGAAUGCGGCCACUUCGAGCUUUCCGACCUGGACAAGGAGGACCUGGUGGUCCUUUUGAAGGACCUUAUGGACCUUAUAGAGAGAUGCGAGGCUUAUCAGGUAAUGGAGGUCAUUUCGGCCCAAUUCGUGGUCUCGCUGGCGGACCUGGUCUUUGGUCGCCAUCGGCUUUCCCAUUUUCAGGUCGACCACGAGUACCAUUUGCUAUGGGUAUGAAAUCAGGUCUUGGAUUGAAUGAGUUCAAUGAAGGUGGUCGAGGUUCACCCAUGUCAAUGAAUCCCCACCUUUGGAAUGAAAUUGAUGCUUUAACUGCUAGUGGUUCGAAUGGUGCUAAUGGUGCUGUUCCCUCAGGUUCCUUUGAUCUUCCUGCUUUCCCUCUUUCUGGUUUAUCAGGUGAAGGUUAUCCCCUCCUCGGUGGACCAACUUCUUUAGGUCUUUACCCACUCACUCCCGCUGCAUCUUCCACCAACGGUCAACUUCAUCCUUCUGCUUCAACUGCUCACGGUCAAGUCCUUCCCAGUCCUCUUCAAGGUGUCAUGGGUGCUCCUGGAUUACAUGGUUCCCUCCCCGGUUCAGGUUUACCUGGAUUAGUUGGUGGUCUACCCGGAGGCUUGAACGGUCCAGCUCCUGGUUCUUCUGGUUCUUCUGGUGCUCCUGGUGCUCCUGGUGCCUCUGGUGCUUCUGGUGCUGGUGACUCUUCCAAUCUUGCUGAUCUUCAGAAAGCACAUCCUGGUCUUCACCCUGAACAAUACAAGUACCUUCAACAAUGGUACUCUUACCUUAAUCAACCAUCAAUUAAAUCUUAUGUUGAUUCUUUCCGAGACUCCGAUGAUCCAUCAUCUUCAUCCGCUAAACCAAGUUCAUCGUCUUCAUCUCCCGAUGCGAACAAAGAAGGAAAUCGACCUUGGUUCCGAAAUCUUCGACUAUUCCCCAACAUGGACAUGACUCGACUUCAACUUCCCCGUGUUCGUGACAUCUUCCGAAACAUUGGCACUCGUCUAGGAUCAUCAACCGCUUCAACAAGCACCACAACUGAAUCAUCAGCUGAUCCAUUUAAUGUUUAAAUCAAACGAUUAAUAAUCGAUGAUGAGUUCUGAUGAUAACUAAUGAUGAAAUGUCGUCGGUGUUAAAACCCUUUUUCUACUCAUUCAAUUUCAUCUUUCUUUCUUUUUCAUUUUUUCUUCUCUCUUCAUCCAUCAUCAUUAUCGUCAUCAUAUUGUGGCUUCUUGACCGUGCCAAAAUGAUCUUAAGUCGACCUUCACAAUCAAAAUUCGUUCUCCAAAGAAAAGACACUUUUUUCUUCAUAUUCAUACACAGUUAUUAUCUUUUUAUUUGUCAAUUAACUCAAUCAAAUAUUUACAAAUCUAUCAACUCAAUUGUGUCCAGUGAUAAUUCAUUUUUUAAAUUGAGAUCAAAUCUUAAUCACAAUGAUUUCAAUUCAACACAUUCAGUUAAUCAAUUGUCCAAUGGUGUUUAAAUGGUGAUUUCUGUUAAAUUUUGUUACAAUAAAUUGUUUUUUUUACAACAAAAAUCAAUUCGUGUAUUAAUUUGUAGAAAACAUGAUGAAAACAAUCAAAGUAUAAUAUUAAUGUUCAAUUAACGAUUAACGAUUAACUGUUAACGCAAUCAUCUUCCAAAUUGAAUUAAAGGUGUGGGUAAAUUGUUUGUUAAAUUGUAUUUUGUGGUUAAUCAGUAAAAAUUGAUUACUCUUUCUAAUUUUAAUUAGAUUGUUGAAAGUGAAUCAACGACAAUCAUUUAGUUUUGAUGUUG